AAACAAGAACUUUCAAUGUGUUCCAACAACUUCGGCAAAGCUCAAGUAAAUGGUCUCAUCAUCAAUAAAAAAAAUGAGCCCUUAUUUCCUUUCCCGAUCAACAAGACGCGAUCGGUUUCAAAUCCGACGGCUGUUGCCAGCAAAUGUUCUCUACUCUUUUCUGGUUACUCCCUGUAGCAUUAUUAAACCCUCUACGUUGCUCACAGCUUUUCACUCCACCACUUGUCACAAGGGUACGACACAAAACGACUGACUUUUAUCCCGUUUUACUCCUUCAUCAGAAAACAUAGAAAUUGAGGAAAUUGUGGGUUCAGGAGAACAAGAACGAAGGAAUCUCGGGGGUUUAAAAAAAGAGUAUGUCUGCAAUGAGCCCCGCAGGCGAUGGCGCGAUUGGAACGGGGCUCACGGCGACACGUGCUCACGCGAGCAAGGACGUCAUUGACACGCCCGAGAAACGAAUCGUGCCGGACGGCGGGGACAAUUUAGCGUCAGUUUCGUCGACAGAAACACGCGACUUGCAUUCCGAGCUCGACAGGGUCAAAGCAAAUUCGGCUGACCCAGACGAAGGAAUCCCGAAUUUAAAUGAACCGUGGGCGGUCGGCAUCGCGAUUGGUUCCAUUCAACCAGGAUCUCAGGACAACGGAACUCCGCCGCGUUCAGUGAGCCACCCCGAUGGCGGCGGCGGCGAGUUUUACGCCGCCGGGACUGUAAACCCAGAGCGAGGCUUCACCAAGAUGAAUGCCAUUCUCAGCCUACUAGGCUUAGAAUCCCUCAUAAAAACCCAUGAGAUUUCUCGCCCUCCCAUCGUCAAGACCGACUCGCCGUUAGCAGACAUAGCUCCGGCAAACGAGCCCACUACUACUACUCUUCCUUCUCCGACGACGACCACACAUUUAGCCACCCCAGAAGUCUCGUCCUUUCUAAAAGGAAUCGACCUCAUAAAACUGCCUCGAUCCGUAAGCGAAGAAUUCGUUAUCAGCUCCAGCGCCGGCGGUGAAUACCCGUCCGACACGGACCACGGUGACUCUCAGGCCCCAGACAGCCAACCACAACAAAAGCCAUCAUUGUCGGGAAAGGCGUCGCUGACGAACAUUGCCCUGCGACACGCCGACAGCGACGAGUGCUCCGAGGUCUAUAGGAAUUUGAAUUAUCAAGAGGAUCAUAAUCACGAGGUGCCGAAAACUUGGCCGAGGGCUGCGAGUUCGUCCGAACCGAGCAAUGGCAGAUUUCGAUUCUCGUUUUCCGGCUUGCGGAAGAAGUUGUUUGGGACAAAGGUGACGAAACCGAUCAACAAACAACAGUCCCCGGUUUCGACGGCAGUUUCUAGUCCGAAUCCCGGACCGGGUUCGAAGAUAAAUCCAGGAACCACAACCACCAACAAGAAGAAGUCCCGCCUCAGCGUCAUUCACAAGUGGAGAUGCAGGUUCUGGGGCUUGAAGAAAGUCGAGACCCGGGUCGGGCCCGCGGGGCCAGAGCCCUUCGAUACCGAGUCUGGGAAAACCUACUUGGACUGCUUGGAUGAACUCAAGACUGAGAAUGAAAUGAUUUCCAUCAGAGAUGAAGAGCCGCCGAACGAGCCCCUGCCGUUCGUUGCCGGAGCCGCUCAGAAACCUUCUGGGAUGUUUCUUCCGACGAACAUUGAGAUCAUGUCUGGUGAUGGCUAUCGGAUGCGGGCAGGAAUGAGCAUAGAGACAUGUCGAAAUCUACCGAAAGAUCACGGUCCGAUCGGUGAUUUCAUUCAUCCUAGCUGCAUCAAACCCGAUAAAGAGGAGCUUUUGGGAAUCGAGAAAUCAGCUACGCAAGACGAUACGACCCCUUCGCAAAUGUUCUUCGAAACAUUUUUCAAUCGUCUCCGAGCCACAGUCGAGCAUCAUCCGCAACAACAACAAACCAGCACGACGACAUUAUCUCGUCGUGCAUCCAAAACAAACGAGGAUGAGACAUGUGUACGAAAUUCUUGGAGCGCGGAUACUUGGGAAGGAGAACCCCCGGCACACGGGUUCUACGUGGAACGAAACCAGGAAGACGUUUCCCACCACGGCGAGUCUCUCCGGAAAUCCAGUUCCGAGACAGCGACCCACCUGGAGCAUUUGUGCAACUCACCCGCCGGGAAACUUUCACCGGCCGACCUCGAAUUCGGCCCCAUGCGAUGGUUCACGCGCACAGAAACGUACGUUCGGCGCAGGAGCUUGUCACACAACUACGACGAAUCCGACUCCGAAUGCAGUUCCACGACAGGACACAGUUUCGUUGGUCAUCCGUGUCGGGAGCCUUAUGAGCAUUUGAGUCAAGAGAUUGUUUGUCACGCUCCUGCGUCCGAACAACGGAUCCGUGGGGAAUCUUCGAGAGAAGAAAGCCCGGCAUUGUCCGGCCACAGUUCGCAGAGCAUCAACGAGGGCUUCGUGUCGCGGCUACCGGAGUUAUGUUCCGAACUGGAAUCCGAACCCGAUUGGGCAAUAUCAAAUCUCGACGCCCGAGCCCUAAAAUGGCAUCAAAAUCUCCCCCACAGGUCCUUGAAACCCGCGACCAUGGCAAGGCAUCAAGGAGGCUUCUUGCAUUAUGACGACGGCGAUAAAGCUCUUUGCUCCGAACCCUUGCCUGCUCAAUACCAGCUUCGAGUGCCGCAC